GCCCGCCCCUCCCUGCGUGCCCGAUGGACUCGGUGGGAGUCGCCGCCGCCGCGCCCGACGCCGGGCCGGGCCCCGCCUGGCAGAGCAAGUGUCCGUGGGGAGCUCCUAGCACAACAUCAAUAUCAUGUUCUCUUGCUGAUGUAAUGAGUGAACAGCUGGCAAAAGAAUUGCAGCUGGAAGAAGAAAAUGCUGCUUUUCCUGAAGUGGUUGCUGCUGCUGAAGGACCAUUUAUUACAGGAGAAAAUAUUGACACUUCAAGUGAUCUAAUGCUAGCUCAGAUGCUGCAGAUGGAAUUUGACAGGGAAUACGAUGCGCAGCUCCGGCGUGAAGAGAAGAAGAUCAAUGGAGAUAGCAAAGUCUCCAUAUCCUUUGAAAAUUAUCGGAAGGUGCAUCCCUAUGACAGUGACAGCUCAGAGGAUGAGGUUGAUUGGCAGGAUACCCGUCAUGAUCCAUACAGAGCAGAUAAACCUACUACUACACCAAGAAGGGGUUUCAUUGGAAAAGGAAAAGACAUUACUACAAAACACGAUGAAGUGGUAUGUGGAAGAAAAAACACUGCUCGCAUGGAAAAUUUUGCACCUGAAUUCCAAGUUGGGGACGGAAUUGGGAUGGACUUAAAGCUGUCAAAUCAAGUCUUCAAUGCCUUAAAACAGCAUGCAUACUCUGAGGAACGUCGAAGUGCAAGGCUCCACGAGAAGAAGGAGCAUUCCACUGCUGAGAAAGCAGUGGAUCCUAAAACACGUUUACUUCUGUACAAGAUGGUCAAUUCUGGGAUGCUGGAGACCAUCACAGGCUGCAUCAGUACAGGAAAAGAAUCUGUUGUUUUUCAUGCCUAUGGAGGAAAUGCAACUGAAGAUGAUAAAGUUAUUCCUCCAGAAUGUGCCAUCAAAGUGUUUAAAACAACUCUUAAUGAAUUCAAGAACCGUGACAAAUACAUUAAGGAUGACUACAGAUUUAAAGACCGCUUCAGUAAAUUGAAUCCACGAAAAAUUAUUCGUAUGUGGGCUGAGAAAGAAAUGCAUAACUUAACAAGAAUGCAAAAUGCAGGAAUUCCUUGCCCUCAAGUGGUUAUCCUUAAGAAACAUGUCUUGGUUAUGUCUUUCAUUGGCCAGGAUCAAGUCCCAGCUCCUAAACUAAAGGAUGUAACACUUAAUAGUGAAGAUAUGAAAAAGGCCUACUAUCAGAUUCUUAAUAUGAUGCAGCAGUUGUAUAGGGAGUGCAACCUGGUCCACGCAGAUCUGAGUGAAUACAACAUGCUUUGGCAUGAUGGGAAGGUCUGGCUCAUUGAUGUCAGUCAGUCUGUGGAGCCAACCCAUCCUCAUGGACUUGAGUUUUUGUUCAGAGACUGUAGGAAUGUUUCACAGUUCUUCCAGAAAGGAGGCGUGGCAGAAGCACUUAACGAGCGUGAACUCUUCAAUGCUGUCUCAGGUUUAAAUAUUACAGCUGACAAUGAAGUAGACUUCCAAGCAGAGAUUGAAGCUUUGGAGAAGAUGAAUGAAGAUCACGUGCAGAAUCAUGGAAAGAAACUGUCCACGUUUUCCAGUGAUGGAGACCCACCUAUAUAUGAUGAAUAGCACUGAGUUUAUAGCUGCUGAUGAGACAAAACACAGAUUUACUGCUUCUGACUAUGUUGGUGCAGUGAUAAAUGUCAACUGCCAAUGUCAAGAGAGUGGUUGGCUGGGAAUACCAAUAUGGAAAACACAGCAAGCAUAUGGUGAUGCCUCAGUGGUUUGCUUUUUUUUUUAACUUGUCCCACACAUCAGGCUGGCACUGUGAGAAUGGACUGUCACUACCCCUUUGAACAGAUUGACAACUUCACCAGUUGCCCAGUUACAUUAGACUAAUGUAGCUCAGAUGGUCAUAUCUUGCAUGAUUCAGAGCUUACAUGUCUUUUAGUCUAAAAAAAAACAACCUAAAAAUCAUCUAUAUUGUCCCAAGUAUUUAGUGGGAAAGCACAUUGGAAAAGUCCCCCUCUUUUUUUUCCCUAAUGCAACUUGAAAAACUAAUUAAACAUUGUGUAUGGACACAAUGUCUUUCAUCCAUCUCCACCAAGGGCAAAAUGAAAAGGCAAACUGUGCACUGCAAUCAUAUGAAAAUGUUCAUUUAGCAAAGUAAUAUAUUUAUAAAUGUAAAACUUCAUUUGAAGUACAGGGAAUGUGGCUCUAAUUAUCUCUGUAAAAACUGUUGGGUAUUACAUGGGAAUUUGAUUUGAAUCCAACCAGCAGAGGACUUCCUUGGUGCCAUGCUAGGAAAUCCUGAGUCAAUGAUGUAUAAUAAAAGAGUCAGUUCUGGUAGCUUCACUCUUAAUACACAAAUGGUUCCAAGAACUUGGUGCAAGCCAAAAAUAAAACCAUAAUAAUCCUAUCUCUACCUGGAAUAUUGGUUGGGAGCAUCAAAUGUUCUUGCUCUAAAGAUAAUCAUAGACAAAUCUGAGUAUUCUUUUUGCACCUGUAAGAAAAAAACCCUUUGUUUAGAAAUAAUGAUGACUGAUACAGGUUUCCACAGUCUAUUUAUUCUUAAUGUUGGUCUUU